UGUGUCUGUCGCUCCUCGCGGUAGGCAGUUUCAUUUUACCCCAGACAGGAUCAGUGGUGUGUGUCAACUGGUUGUCACUCUUCUUUUUUAAAUGGAUGUGUAGCCUACAUUGGAUUUGAUUUGGAGCAACUUCAUAAGACCUACAAACUCCAAGCCUAUUUGGGCACACAACGCCAUGGCCACGAUAACGUGUCGAGUUCAGUACCUGGAGGAUACGGACCCAUUUGUUUGCACAAACUUUCCUGAGCCACGAAGACCUCCGCCAUACAAUUUACAUGAAAAUAUUUCUCUUAGCGAACAAAUUACCGGAGUUCACAAGCUACUGGAGGCGCCACUGAAGUUGGAGGAGUGUGCCUUGCAGGUGGCUCCCAAUGGAAACUACCUGGAUCUGGAGUUAUCCCUGGCAGAACAGCGGGAUGACCUGGAACACUUUUUCGAGGAGAUCGAGAAAGGAAAAAAGCCCAUCUUGAUUCUGCGCACUCAGCUCUCUGUGAGAGUCCACUCCAUACUAGAGAAGCUGUACAACUCCCACGGGCCUGAGCUCCGGCGCUCCCUGUUCUCCUUAAAGCAGCUGUUCCAGGAUGACAAAGACCUGGUGCCAGAGUUUGUUAAUUCCGAUGGGCUCACCUGCUUCAUCAAAGUAGGGGCAGAGGCUGAUCAGAACUACCAGAACUACAUUCUCCGAGCCCUCAGCCAGAUCAUGCUGUUUGUGGACGGGAUGAACGGAAUCAUCCACCACAACGAGACCGUGCAAUGGCUCUACACCCUCAGUGGCAGCCUGUCUCGGCUGGUGGUGAAAACCGCUUUGAAGCUGCUUAUCGUGUUUGUUGAGUACACAGAGGCUAACAGCCCGCUGUUCAUUCAGGCUGUCAACACUGUGGAUGCCAAAAGAGGGGUGAAGCCAUGGACGUAUCUGGUGGAGAUUCUGGAGGAGAAGAAUGGCUCAGACUCAGAACUCCUUGUGUACACCAUGUCUCUCAUAAACAAGACUGUUUCCGCCCUGCCAGACCAGGAUUCCUUCUAUGACGUCACAGACUGUCUUGAGCAGCAGGGGAUGGAGAAGAUCAUGCACAAGCACAUGAAUACCAAGGGGACCGAACCAGACCUCAAGCUGCAGUUCACUAUAUACGAGAAUGCCCUGAAAUACGAGGACGGAGAUGCGGAGGAUGCCUCCUCGCACGUCCGCAAGGAGCGCCGCAAGGGCUCGGCCACCGAGCAGGAGGGCAGGAGGAGCCGCAGGUCCUCGGCCCACCUCCAGGACGCGCCUCGCACCUCCUCCCCGGCGCCCCCAGUCUCCCCCACCUCCACCUCCUCCUCCACCCCGUCCUCCUCUUCCACCCCGAGCCGCGCCACCUCCCCCCAGCUCUCCGAGCCCUUCAGCCCCCAGCCCCCGUCCACCCCCACGUCCAACAACAGCUCCCAGAGAUCCUCCCCUGUGCCGCCCCCGGUGGCCGCUAACGGUACUGCACCCCCCCAACAGGAGCAGGAGCAGCUGGCCUCUCCCACUCCUCCGGGGCGAUCUUUCGUCAGUCAGUACAUGUCAUCUAUGGGGAUUUCUAGAAGGUCAAGGUUGUUUAACAAGGCUGGGUCAAUAACAGAGGAGCCCUCAGCAGCCUCUAACAGUGAGUCUCCCACAGACACUGCCCCACAGGACAAUCAUUCCCAGACGACCACAGAGCAGCCGGCUAAGACGGAGAGCAGGAACGUCUUUAAACUGCACCAAGCCGACAGUGUUUGCUCAGCGGAUUGCGACGUAUCUAAGGAUCGUCCGGUUCUUAUGAACUAUGAAGACACCUUCCUGCGCAGCCUGGUUGCCACACACCGAGAUCGGGACAGGAAGCGGAGGUCUAUCCAGGCCGCCAAGGAGCGCAGGGCGUCCAGGGACCAGAGCAGCCCGAGCCCUGCCGAGGGCGACGUGUCCCCUCCGACUGAGCCCAGCCCCAGCUCACCCACUGAAGGGACGUCUGAGUCUGGUGGAUCGGAGCCCCUCGCCAGUGAAAAGUCCACAGGAGCCCCGCCCACUCCCAGCACCCUGGAGCAGUCAGGAGACGCGCAGGCGACCCAUAAUGAAGCAGGUGGCGCUAUUCAGCGCCAGGGCAGUGUUGCCGAGCAGCACAACACCCUCUCAAACGAAAGGAAGUUCAUGCUGGACAUGCUGUACAGCAAAAACAGCGGCGGUGGCAGUGGGUCGCCGCUGAAGGGCGAAGGGUCCGCGGACGCGGAGGCCGGCCUGGAGCACCUGGGCAUCGCCAGCCUGGCCGGUCGGCUGUCCAGCCUGCAGCAGUCGCGCCAGGCCCUGACUGCCGCCGAGGACCUGACGCGGCGGGCCGAGCUGGAGGGCCUGGGUGGCAGUGCCCAGGCGGCGCGCGCCCGUCUGGCGGAGGAGCAGCAGCACCGCAGGGUGCGCCCGCAGUACAGCAUCGACGCCGAGACGCACGCGCGCAGCCUGGAGAAGACCCAGAUGACCCCGCUGGCCCGCGACAGCCAGGACGCCUGGGACCAGCUGCAGCCCAGCUCCCGCGCCCUGCGCAUCAAGGACCUGGACUUCUCUGACCUCAAGGAGGAGGAGGACAUAGACGUGCUGGAUAUGGACUCUUUCGACUCGGGCUUGUCCAACGGAAUCCCCCCUCCGCCGCCUCCCAUGCCAGGGCUGGGCGCUGGCCCGCCGCCCCCUCCUCCACCCCCGCCUGGGAUGGGCUCUCCUCCGCCUCCACCCCCUCCCCCACCUGGCAGUGGCCCACCUCCCCCACCCCCUCCUCCAGGCAUGCCUCCUCCUCCUCCCCCCCCCAGCCCCCUGCACGCGUCGGACCCCGUCUUCGCCAAGAAGAGAAAAACGGUCAAGCUCUUCUGGAAGGAGCUGAAGCAGCCAGACAGCCCCAGGAAGGGCUGCUUUGGCCAUGGCACGGUGUGGGCAUCUCUGGACAAGGUCACCGUGGAUACAGCCAAACUGGAGCACCUGUUUGAGUCCAAAGCUAAAGAGCUGCCCGUUGCCAAGAAAGGCACGGAGGUCAAGAGGUCCGAAAUCCUGGUUCUGGAUCCUAAGAGAAGUAAUGCCAUCAACAUUGGCAUGACUGUUCUGCCGGCCGUCCAUGUCAUCAAGACUGCCAUUCUAAACUUUGAUGAGUUUGCCAUCAACAAAGAGGGAAUUGAGAAAAUCCUUACCAUGACGCCGACCGAGGAGGAGAAGCAGAAGAUUCAGGAGGCGCAGCUGGCCAAUCCGGACGUUCCCUUGGGGACGGCCGAGCAGUUCCUACUCACACUGUCCUCCAUCAGCGCUCUCACAGCACGCUUGCAGCUCUGGGCAUUCAAGCUCAACUACGAGACCCUGGAGAAGGAGAUUGCGGAGCCGCUGUUUGACCUAAAGCUGGGGAUGGAGCAGCUUGCCAAGAACAAAACAUUCAAACGCAUCCUGGCAACCCUCCUGGCCAUCGGCAACUUCCUCAACAGCUCCAGCGCUAAAGGUUUUGAGCUGAAUUACCUGGAGAAGGUGACUGAGGUCAAGGACACUGUGCACAGGCAGUCCCUCCUACACCACACCUGCAACUUUGUGGUGGAGAACUUUCCCGACACCUCAGAUGUGUACUCCGAGAUCCCUGCCAUCACACGCUCUGCCAAAGUGGAUUUCGAGCAGCUGUCUGACAACCUGGUACAGUUGGAGAGGAAAUGCAAGAACUCCUGGGACAACCUGAAGGUGGUGGCCAAACAUGAGACCAAGCCGCUGCUGAAGAACAAGAUGACCGAGUUUCUGAAGGACUGCACCGAGAGAAUCAUCAUCCUUAAGGUGGUGCACCGACGCAUCAUCAACAGGUUCCACUCCUUCCUGCUGUACCUGGGCCAGCCGUCUUACUCUGUUCGAGACACAAAGGUCACCCAGUUCUGCAAGAUUAUCAGUGAGUUCUCUCUGGAGUACCGCACGACCAGAGAGAGAGUCCUGACACAGAAACGCAAGCGGGCUACCCACCGGGAACGGACAAAGACCAGAGGGAAGAUGAUUACAGAGACUGAGAAGUUCUCUGGAGCUGUUCCACAACAGACCCAAGAUAGCCCUUCUCCAGUCUCCACGGUAACAGAUUCUGAACCUGCUGAGGAGGAUCAUGAGAACAUGAAGAACUUGCUCACCGCCAACGAUGACAACCACAAGCUCAGAAGAUCACGUGCAGUUAGAAGUGUGGGAAGGGUCAGCCCAUCUCAUAUGUCAACAGCCAAAGAGGACAGUGCUAGCUCCCAGGACGAUGCCACAGACGACAUCAUGGAUCGCUUGGUUAAGUCGGUCACACAGAAUCCCACAGAGAGAGCGUCCAGUCCCAAAACACGCAAACGCUCCCGUCUCAACCGCAAAUCAUUGCGGAGGACUCUCAAGAGUGGCCUGAGCCUUGAUGUGGUGCAGGCUCUGGGACUCAACAAAGCCAACGAGAAGGUCUGAAGAGAGAAAGACUUUUCCCCCCUAAAUAAGCAGCUGAAGAAAGAGCAAGAGCCGUAUCCUAAACUGACUGAAGGCCGAAGGUUUCAUCAUAACACAAAGGUCUGAACCGACUGGCUUUUCAGAGGAGCCCAGUGAAGGAACCCAAGUGUGUUGGGUGUCACCAGUCUCGAAGGAUGCUCCGAGUUUAAGGCUGAACCAUAUCAGCCUUAUAGGAUAGUGUCAGGCCUUACAAAUACAGUUGUACACAACAGCAGGGAGUCAGACUACCCUGUUUUAUCCAGUGAAAUAAAAGUAUUAUUUUUUAACAUAUCAAAUGUGUAGAUGUUUUGAUGUAGCAUAUUAUACAGCCAUGGUGUAAGUUUUAAUUGGGUAUGUUGUACAGAUUUGAGUAACUUGUUAAUGUAAAUGACGAGCCUGUUGAUAUUGUAUUUUUGAAAUUACCACAGAUUAUAGGGAAUCAUAAUUAUCAAUAUUUUUUUCUAAGUUACGGUCACAGUGUUUGAAAGGAAUAUUUUUUGAAGACGAUGUAUUGGUGAAUAGGAAAGGGAUUGUGAAGAGUACUGUGGAUUGUGUUUUGCAUAUUCUUGGGGAAAGGUCAUACCAGACUAUCAAACUGAAAGCAUCUCAAGGAGAUUGUGUCAGGAAGUGUAUUCUAGGUCAUGUUUUUCCACUUGGGGUGGGGGACAAUGUUGAUUUUCAUUUAUUUGCACCACUUGUAAUGUAGCCAUAGAGCUACAAUGUGUUUGGUUACUGUGGACACAAACCUCAUAUACCAUCAGUCAGAGUUUGUCAGUGCUAUAGGCCCCAUGAUCAAAUCGAUUAGGGUGAACACAGGGAAGAUAAGACCUUAAAGGCUGGCAUGAAUUAUUUGAACUUUUUUAACACGCGCACACACACACAUACACACACACAGACACACAUUCUGUUUGUGGAUCCACUGUUACUGAUUUUAAUCAUGUUCACAAAGAUUUAAGAAGUGUACAUGAAGAUGCUGAAGUAAAGUUAAACUUAACAAUUUAAUAUAUAGGCCUACACCAGCUCCGCUAUUAUGAAGUGUUUCAACCUUUUUUCCUUAGGAAAUAACUUUAUGUAUGCUGCUUUUUGCACAAGUGGUUGUACUGUAUGGUAAGGUUCUUGGUGGUAUUGACAUGAUGUUAUUCAAGGACUCAUUGAUUUAAGGUUUACUUACAAGUUCUUUGACCCUAAAUGUUUGAAUAAUGCAUGUUUACAUGGAAUGUAUAAGCAGAUAUGAAUAUACGUUUUGGAAAUAAAAUAUUUCUUAUGAUUAGAUAUAGGCACAUAUGUUACCCUGAGAAUUAUUUGUAUGGCGUGUGUUAUUUGUUAUCAUCUUAACUCAGUCGUGAUCAUUUUGUUGUUUGUGCUCCAGAAAUGCUUGUGUAUUUUUUGACUUUCCCAGAUGAUUUUUAUCGAAAUUAAAGCACCCUAACCGACA